ACAGCAGAGCUUUGCCGACAUCGACAUAGCCUUCCAGCCUAAUCUGAUGUUGCUUAAUGUUCAAUGCUUAAAUAUUGACAAAGUCAAUCAGUUACAGGUUAUGGUAUCUGACUAUAAAGGAGUAAAGUUCCUCUGCCUAACUGAAACUUGGACUACAGCCAAAUCACUUAAUGAUUUCGUUAUUGAGAAUUUUCAGCCAAAUAUAAAUAUAAUUCUUUGUGGCGACUUCAAUGUAGAUUCUUUCAAUCAUAACGACGAUAAUGAGCUCCUGUUGAAUGCACUGUCUGAGUUUGACUUGCAUCCACAGGUAGGUUGGCCAACAAGGAUUGAGCAGUACUUAUAG